AACUCACACGAAACCAAUUGUUAUGUACGCAUGAGAGGGGAAAUAAUCAACAUAAGCUUAUACAUCGAUACGAUGGACGUAUGGUGGGGAGACAACGUUCUCCGCUUGUAUUUGUAUAGUUCAUAUUUUGUCCAUAUCUAUCGCUGCAGUCACACAUCCUUUGAACAAAAGGUAUAUUCAAAGAUGAGUGUAUCAUUAGCUUCAAGAAUUACAUUUAAAAGAUUGUGCGAUGUCUUAGAAAAAGUUAUUAAAGCACGUGCCUCCGAAAAGAUUAAAAUUCUAAAAGAAUUUAUUUUGCAAUGUAAAAAGGAAGGUGACAAAUUAAAAAAAGACGAUUCAAAUGCAAAUAUUUCAAUGUUUCCUGUGUUAAGAUUGCUUUUACCACAAUGCGAUCGUAAACGUUCAUCAUAUAAUUUGAAGCAAAAAUUACUAACAAAUAUUUACAUUCGUGUACUUUGUCUUGGAAAAUCUAGUGAAGAUGCCAAAAAACUGAUAAAUUAUAGAAUUCCUAAUUCAAGUAAAUCUGAAGGAAGUGACAUUUCUGAAAUAAUUUACUCAGUUGUGAGAAAAUAUUUGUUACAUGGGAAGGAAUCGUAUACAAUAGAUAGAAUAAAUAUAUUUUUAGACAAUAUAUCAAAAGCAAGUCAAACGAAUAAUAAUAAAGAUGAAUUAUUUAAGGAAUUAUUUAGACAAAUAAGCGCAUUAGAAUUAAAAUGGUUGACUCGUAUUAUUUUAAAGGAUCUAAAGUUAGGUGUUGGAACAAAAAAAAUAUUGCAAGUUUAUCAUCCAAAAGCAGGCCAAUGUUUUGAUACAAAUUUCAAUUUAGAAAAACUUUGUGAUAAUUUUGAUCAAGGUAAAAAGGAAAUUAAUUAUAAUAUUGAAGUUUUCUCUUUUUUCAAAUCUAUGAAUUUGGAAAGAUCUACAAUUAAGGAUGCUUCACAACUUUUUCAUAAUAAUCAUGAGUAUUUUGUACAAAUGAAAUUUGAUGGUGAACGUUCUCAAAUACAUAUGAAAGAUGGUAUAUUCCAAUACUUCACAAGACAGGGAAUUGAUAUCACAAAUAAUUGGGGAUAUGGAAAAAGUAAUUCAGAUGGUUUUCUCACUAGUACAUUUUCGCGUCGUUUAAAUCGACAAUGUACGUCUAUAAUUUUGGAUGGUGAAUUAAUGGGUUGGGAUAAAGAAAAAAAAGAGUUUGGGUCAAAAGGUAUGAGCUAUGAUGUUAAAAAGCUUACAGCUAAUAGUUCCUAUCAACCCUGUUUUGUGGCAUAUGAUAUUAUCUUAUAUAAUGACAAAUUGCUCGUUAAUUUACCCUAUAAAGAAAGAUUAAAUAUAUUAAAUGAUGCAUUUCAAGAUGAAGAAGGUUCAUUAAUUAAAUGCCAAAAUACAAUCAUUUCUAAUAGUAAAGAUUUAUUGGAUAUUUUUAAUAAAAGUCUUCAAAAUAAUGAAGAAGGAAUAGUUCUAAAAAAAUCUGAUUUCAUUUAUAAACCAAAUGUUCGCAAUGGAACUGGUUGCUACAAAUUAAAAGCUGAGUACUCAGAAGAUCUAGUACAAGAUAUAGACUUAAUUAUUCUUGGAGGUUAUUAUGGGGAAGGAAAGUUCAAUGGUUUGAUAAAUAGCUUUAUGAUGGGUGUUGCCAAAAUGCCUGAAAUUGAAGGCAAAGAACCUACACAAUUUUUCUCUGUUGUAUCAGUGUGUAGUGGCAUUGCAAUGGAAGAAUUGACGAAACUUCAUUCAAAAUUGGAGAAGUAUUGGAUUAAAGACUGUCCAAAUUGUGUGAUCAAACCUAAGAAACAUCUUCCAGAUUUAUGGAUUCGACCUGAGCAUUCAUUGAUUUUAACGCUACGAGCAACGGAAAUAGUGAAAACUGAUGUUUUUCCGAUUGGUUAUACUUUACGUUUUCCUCGUGUCAUACAGAUUAGAGGAGAUAAGCCUUGGUAUAGUGUUUGUACUAACACAGAAUUUUUAUCAUUGAUAAAGACUGAAGGAACAAUUCAUAAAUUGACUAAAAGAACGGCGACAUUGAAUGAUAUUGAAACAUCAGUUGUUGAAAAGAAAAAGAAAAUAACAAUGCCGACUUCGUCAAAGUUUGAAGAAGUGUUUUAUAAUAAUAUACAAUCAAAUAAAAAUCUUGUACCGAUUACACGUCUAUUAUAUGGAAAAGAAAUUUGUGUUAUUAAUGGUAAUAAUGAAAUAUCUAAAGAAAAUAUAGAAGAUAAGCUCUUAUUGCAUAAUGCGAAAAUCGUACAGAAUCCAAGUGAAGAUACUUAUUGUGUGAUCGUUGGAAAUGUCAAAAAGGCGAAAGCGAGAAACAUAAUACAAAGUGGAAAAUAUGAUGUAGUUACCAUAGAUUGGUAUAAACGUAUUAUCAAAAAAGAAAACUGGGUUGCAUUAGAAAGUUUUUUACCAUGGGAUCUUUUAUGCAUUCGUGAUUUUACCAAACGAUCACUUAUUGAAAAAUACGAUGAUUACUAUGACAGUUAUACAAUAGAUGCUAAUGAAGAAAGUUUACAACGUUCUUUAAAACGGAUAGAACAUAUGAUAAAAAACGAAGAAGUUGUAUUUACCAAAGAGGAAGGAAUGGAUAAAGAAUUAUUCGAAAAUGGUAUAUCCCCAUUUUCUAUCUUUAAACAAAUUAUCGGAUAUUUUAAGAAAUGUUCGAAUUCAACGAAAUUUAAAUUUCGCUUUAUGGGUGGUAUAAUAAAAGAAGAUAUAAAUGAACACGUUAAUUAUAUCUUCAUUGAAGAUAAUUCAUUGUUAUCUAUGAAAUCUUUGGAAGUUGAUGAAACUAUAAAGAAAUCUAUGAAAAAAGUAAUCAACAGUAAAUGGAUAAAGGAUUGUUUUCGGGAUCAAAAGUUUUAUUCGAUCGAUGAAUAUAUUGUUGAAUAAAAAUUUGUAUGGACAGAUGGAAAGUGGCAGUGAACUGCUAAACAACAAAAAAAAAAGAAAAAAGAACCAAAGAAAAACAAAAAAACAAUGAAUUUUUAUCAAAUAUGUAUCUGAAAACGGAAAUAGCACAUGUGUGUGUAUUUGAAACACCAAAGUUAGAGGAGACUACGGAAUCAUUUUAGCUCGUAUUUUCACUAAGCGCCGAGAAACCGAAUACUAGGUGGACUGACAGUUAGACAGUUUGCUCAUUUAACAUCUUCCCAUUUCGAAAUGCUUCUUGAGUUGAGUUCGUUCUCUCUCUCUCUCUCUCUCUCUCUCUCUCUCUCUCUCUCUCUCUCUCUCUCUCUCUCUCUCUCUCUCCUUUUAUUUUAUUAGAAUGCGUGCAAAAUAUGAGGCGAAAGGGCCGCAGCUGCAACGUUUCUCUUACAAAGGAUGCCUUUCAGAAAGAUUCUUAAACGGAUUAAAACGAAAGAAAUUUCAAUGGAAAAGUUUCUUAACAAAUGUACAAAAUCACAAUUUUAAUAUUACUACGUAUUGUUGUUGUUGUUAUUGUUGUUGUUGUUAUUAUUAUUGUAUAAUUUUAUGGAAUGUAAAUUUCAUUGUUUUUUAUUUCAUACGUGUAAGAUUUAUAU